AGAGCUGUGGCUCCUCACCAGAAUUUCCAGCCGUCCUCCCAGGCCGUAGGCUGGGUGCGAGGAGGGGAUGGAGCAGCACCAGCCAGAGGGAGGAAUUUCCAUUCACCACUUGCCCUUUAUGAACACCGACGAGCGGUUCUUCCGCCGGGGAGAGUCCGGGGGUGUCAUGGAAAUGCUGCCCGGGGGCUUUAUAACGCCGAGGUGCAGGCAGGAGAGGCAGGUAGCUCACCAUAGCCACAAAACAAGCAAGAGCUACGGGUCGCUGGAGCUGACAAAGCCAGGUUGGACAUGAAACUUUUCUCCCUGACCCUGGUUGCCCUGCUGCUCGCUGCUGUCUGGACUGAAAGCUGGGGCAUGUCCUUCCGCAGCUCCUACACCAAAUGUUGCUACAAGAAGAUGUUCAUCAAGAAGGAAAUCCCUGCCUCUUUCAUCCGGAGCUACCAGGAGACGUCCCCACACUGCUCCCACAGAGCCGUGAUAGUGGAGCUGCUGAAGGGCAAGAAGCUCUGCGUGGACCCCACGGAGCGCUGGUUCCAGCAGUACCUGCAGAGACAGAAGCUGAGCAACGCCUUGGUGUGAAGCUGCUGCCGCCACGCGCCCUAUUUAUUUGUGCCUCGCCGCCACCUGCCCGUGCCCGUCGUGCUUCGUUAACCUAUGGGGCCAGCCCCAGCCCCUGCCCCCUUCGUCCCCCCUCUGUUCCUCUCCACACCCGUGUACAGCCCUUGGUGGCCUUAAUAAAGAGCCAUGUCC